CUUUUUUUUUCACUUUUUUUAUCGUAUACUAAUAGAAAUAGUAUCGAAGAGCUUUCCUCCCUCUCUAACUCCUUGACACAUAAUUUUCUAUUUAAUUGUUAAAGCACAUGGACAAGCCCUUUCAAAACAAACCUUACGCUGGUCUAAUUAUCUAUCGUAUACAGAAGAAUAUUGAAUAUUUAUUAUUAAACGAUUCUUUUUCAAAUAAAAAGCAUUGGUUUUGUCCUAAAGGGCAAAUUAUUGGAAGCGAAGAGGAUAUCAAAUGUGCACUUCGCGAAACUUUUGAAGUUACAGGCUUACGUCCAACUGAUUUACGUAUCGAAGAAGGAUUUUCUAUUGAAUUAAAAUACCUCUCAGGCACAAAGCCUAAAAAAGUCAAGUAUUAUCUAGCUCAACUUGUAAAUAAUCAUGUCCGUCUAUUACCUAAUGCUGAAGGCAUUCAUAUGCAAUUCUUUAAUCAAGCUACCUGUACUGAAAAAGUUAUCUUUAAGACUAUGCAAGAAGUGUUUAGAUACGCACAAACAUUCAUUGAAAGCCGAGUACAACAAAGAAAGAAACUUGCCCCUGCAGCAACAAAUCCUGUCCAUCAUUCACCUACAUCACUAUCACCACAUUCCACCUUGACAAGUCGAUACAAUCCCACUCAAGAGAACCGAGCCAAGGUAAAAUUGCCAUCAUCUAACGGCGUAGAAUUCAAGUCUCGCCAGUCACCGCAGCAAUCGCCACCUCAACAAGCUUCGCCUCUUUACAAGACCCGACUUUGUGAAAGAUUCGAGACAGAAGGCAGUUGUCCAUAUGGCGCUAAAUGUAAUUUUGCUCACGGUGUGACCGAAUUAAGAGGAAAGACAGAAUCACCUUCACCUCAGCCUAUUGUCAACCAAAAAGAUAACCUUGAUGGUGCAGGCAACCAACUCUUCAAGACAAAAUUAUGUGAGAAAUUCAUGAAGGAUAAGUUUUGUCAGUAUGGUCCCAAAUGUCAUUUCGCUCAUGGUGAAAAUGAAUUAAAGACAAGACCCAAGAAAGCUGAGGAAGCAGAACAACAACAACAACAACAACAACAACAACAACAACAACAACAACAACAACAACAACAACAACAACAACAGCAGCAGCAGCAGCAGCAGCAACAGCAGCGCAAUUAUACGCGUAACGAUACACAUGAUCAUGCUGAAACUUCACUUGCUGAUCAGCGUAGUAAUUGGAGAUCAACUCAUCACAACAGCUCAUUUGAGAACAACAGUAGAUCAAGUGAAUUAUCAUGGAGAUCCCCAAAUACAAGUGCUCGCCAAUCACCCAGUGCAUCAUCAAAGCCUUUACAGAGAACCAAAUCUUCUGAUGAAGAAGAAAAUGAACAUCGUACGAAUAGAGAAGCUUCUUGGAGAUCACCUCGUAUUCCUUCGCCUAAUGUGUCUACUGUUCCUGUUGGUUCUCUUUCAUUGAAGACAGAACAAACGGAUUCUUUGGGACUAGAGGAUCUUCGCCGUCCUGUAUUUGUUGAACAUCAAUCUCGCUCUAAAAUCAAUACCAAGAAAUCGAAUGGAGCAUUGAAUAAAGAUAAAAAAGCAGCAAAGACAGAUACAAAUGAAAAGUCGUGGAUGAAGAUUGUCAAGUUAUCUAAAGAAGAACAAGAUCAAAUGGAAAGUGAGCCUCCGUUGAACAAGAGUACAAAUGGUACAAAAACAACUCAGGCAGAGACAAUUAUUGCAGAAUUGAAAAAGUUCUUUGCAAACCAUCCUACCACAGAAACUACAAAAGGGAAAUUAUCAGAAGAUGUUAAAGAAGUUACUAAGAUUGAAAUGAGAAAUGACUUAUCCAAGAAACAACUGCUGUAUGUUUUGUUGGUCAGUUUAUUAGAAGAGGAGUCAGAUCAAUCCAUGUUAUCUAUCCUGCGUCAAAGAGAUCAUCUCUUUAGAACAGUAAGUUUCUUUUUCUUUAUUGUUCUGAUUUAACACAUAUGUAGUUCGUCAAGACUAAGGCUGAUCAGCUCUUGUUAUUGAAAGCUUGGAAUCACUUAUUGGAACGUAAAUCCGUGAUGGUAAAUAAGACAGCGGCAGCACUUUCCCAUUGGUAUGAUGUUGAAAUGGUAGAAGAAGAAGCAUUUCUAGAAUGGUACAAUACACUUGAAAAGGGUUCCAUUUUGGAGGUAAAAAGUGCCAAGUUUAUUGAAUGGUUAAAUGAAUCAGAUAAUGAAGAUGAAUAAAG